GUACUUCUCGUAGCAACCACACGAGCCAGUCUGAGGUAGCAAGAGCUGUCUGUGCACAUGGCGGCGGAGUCGUCGGCGGUGAUGGCUGCGGCGGCGGCGGAGGAGGAGGGGGGGAAGGUGAGGCUGGAGUGGGAGGAGAGGGUGGUGUCGCUGGUGCCGACGGCGACGGCGGACGAGGCGUGGGCGCUGCUGUCGGACUUCCUCGCGUUCCACCGCUGGCACCCGCGCGUCGCCAAGUGCCGGCUGGCGUCGCCCGACACGGCGGCGGCGGCGUCGGCCUCCGUCGUGCGGUACUGCGAGGGCACGCCGCGCGGCGACGGGUCGCCGCCGGACUGGGCGCACGAGACCCUCCUCGAGCACGACGCGGCGGGGCGCUUCUUCCGCUACGAGAUGAACGACAACAACAUGGGCUUCGGCGUCUUCUUUGCCACCUUCCGCGUCGUCCCCACCGCCGCCGCCGGAGCCCCCGGCUGCGAGCUCCGGUGGGAGUUCGAGAGCGAGCCCGUCCGCGGCACCCCCAAGGAGGCCCUCGUGGCGCGCCUCCAGGCCGGUCUCGACGGCAUGGCCGCGCGCGUGCAGGAGCACCUCCUCUCCACCCGCGCCGCCGCCGCCAUCACCUCCGCCGGCGUCGAGCUCAACCCGGACAACUCCAUCGCGGUCUGAGCCGAGCGUGUUCGUCCGAUCGAUCCACACACACACACACACACACACACACACAUAUUGCCUAUCAUCUUACCAUACGUACGUCAUCCGUAUCGAUCAAGUAUGCAGCGUAUUGGUCGAUGAAAAAUACGAACUUAUCACAACUUCCGUAUGUAUGUACGCACGUAUGUAUGUAUGUAUAUACUCUGUGUUUGUACGUACUCGGGGGUAUGGGAAUAAAUAUUAUUGCAUAAAUUACUCUCCUGUCUCCAUAAUUGUUACUGUUCAUGCCAUAUUGCUUUCGUCAAAAUAAAAUAUGAAUGUAUACUCGUACCAUUUAUAUGAAAGUCAAUGCAGUAUUAAUUAAUUGUACAAAU